CCCCUCUAAUGUUUUGUUUCCUCGCCAUGUUCGCUGGCCGGUCGGUGGAAGUAGCGGCGUCGUUUUUUCGCUCCGAGGAGAAUCCGAGUUCAUCCGAGUGUUCGGAGCUCCCAAAGUCCGAUAAUCUGAGUCCAAGGCGUUUAUAAAGCUUUUAGCUUUUCGUCGGAUGCGGUUUGGAGCUGUGAAGGUGACCCGGGCACCGAAAAAUCGACGGUAAUUGUUCCCCACCCCAGAGAGAAGACAGCCAGCCAGAGCUCCAGCGGCGGUUUCGGCGACGUUUACCUCGGUUUAAUCCACUCCGUGGAAGGAUUACCGUUUAAUUUCCGAGCCCCGGCUUCGUGUGAAGGACCAUGGCGUGUGGAGCCACCCUUAAAAGGACUAUGGACUGGGACCCAGUGCUGAACCCGGCUUCCCCCAAGCGGAGGCGCUGCGCCCCGGCGCUGUCUCCGGCGUCCUCCCCGCAGAAGUACCUGCGGAUGGAGCCCAGCCCGUUCGGAGAGGUGUCCAGACUCAGCACAGAACAAAUCCUGUUCAACAUAAAGCAGGAGUAUAAACGGAUGCAGAAGAGGCGACACCUGGAGAGUUUCCAGCCCUCAGACUCCUGCUGUCCGCUCGACUCUCAGCCCAGCACGUCCCUCUCCACACACGCCGCACUGACCGGUUUAUCUGCUGGGUCCUCGUCUCCGUCCCGGAGAGAGCAGCCGCUCUUCACUCUGAAACAGGUGGGAAUGAUCUGCGAGCGGCUGCUGAAGGAGCGUGAGGAGAAAGUGAGAGAGGAAUACGACGAGAUACUCACCACUAAACUCGCAGAGCAGUACGAUGCCUUUGUGAAGUUCACUCAUGAUCAGCUAAUGCGGCGGUUUGGAGAGCAGCCGGCCAGCUACGUGUCCUGAGUGGGUCGGUGGUUCCGGUUGCUGUUGCUUUGGCCUGUUGGUCCGUGGGUGUAACUGCGGUUUCCGCGGCGAUGCAGUGAGGGGGUUUUGGGCUGUCAGUGAAGCCCCGCCCCCUUCACUCCCACCGGGCACGGAGUGUCUCAGGCCUCUGUCUGUGAUUUUAAACCUCUCUCUCUCUCUCUCUCUCUCUCUCUCUGACUCUCUCUCUCUCCCCCCUCUCUAUGACUCUCUCUCUCUCCCUCUCCCUCUCCCUCUCUCUCACCCCCUUUCUCUUUCCUUCUCUCUCUCUUUCUCACUAUCUUUCUUUGUCUGCAUCUCUCUCUCUAUUCUUUCUGUAUCGCUCUCUUUCUCUGUUCCUCUCUCUGUAUUUCUCUCUGUCUCUCUCCAGCAACCACCUGCUGUUUGCAGUGCUUCCUGCCGUCUCACGUCGCCCUUUUUUCAAAGCUGAUUUGUGGCCUCUGUUAUUUCACUCAUUCAGUAUCACAGAUAUUUAUUAGGUUUUCCUCUCGAUGCCUUUUAUAACGUCACGCAAGGUUUCAUCUCCAAUGGUUUUAUUUUUUAUUUUUCUUUAUUUGAAAACCUGCUCAUGUGAAGUGACUGUAGCAUGAUUGCGCUGUGUGAGUGAUUGAGUGUGUGUGUGUGUGUGAGUAUGUGUGUGUGUGUGUGUGUGUGUGAGUGUGUGUGAGUGUGUGUGUGUGUGUGUGUGUGUGUGUGUGUGUGUGUGUGUGUGUGUGUGAGUGAGUGUGUGUGAGUGAGUAUGUGUGUGUGUGUGAGUGUGUGUAUGUGUGUGUGUGUGUGUGAGUAUGUGUGUGAGUAUGUGUGUGUGUGAGAGAGAGUGGGGGUGUGAGUGUGAGUGUGUGUGUGUGUGGUGGCGGCCGUGUGGUCACUGCAGGACGUGUAGCUCUGAGAACUCUUGGCUUUGUAAAAACGCAUCUGGGGUCUCCUCAGGAUUCUCAUGUACAAAUCACUCAGCAUAAUUAGUUUGAAAUCUCUUAUCUUUUUUUGAUUAUUGUUUUUUUCCCCUCCUGCAUUAUGAUUUUACAGCUUGUGUACUUUAUUGGACUUUUAUGUUGAGAAAAUAUACAAAUAAAUUGUUUACAUGAUCAGUUA